CAGCAGGUUUAAAUGGCUACAGUGCGGCCCGCGAGCGCUGCCUGAGGCCCCGGGUAGAGCGGCGGCGCUUCCGCAAUCCACACAGACACUGACAGCCCCAGCAGGGUCAAUGACAGUUCGAUUCUCAACUGCUGCUCCCAACCCACCAUGGCCAGCGAGGAGGAGCAGGGCGGCCGCCGGACCAAGCAGAGGUUCGAGGAACUUUGUCAGAAAUUGAACAUGGACGAGGGUGCAAAAUGCGAGGCUUGGGCAAGUUACGAGAGCAUCAGCAGGAAGUACACACUGGAGGGAGAAGAUCUUCACUGGCUGGCCUGUGCUCUGUAUGUAGCAUGUAGAAAAGCCAUUCCAUCAGUGGGAAGAGGAACUGUAGAAGGAAAUUGUGUCUCCUUGACAAAGAUCCUACGCUCUUCUGAACUCAGUUUGAUCGAGUUCUUCAAUAAGAUGCAAAAAUGGGCAGACAUGGCAGAUUUGUCCCAAGAAUUCAGGGAACGUACCGAAAAGCUGGAGAGGAACUUCACAGUCUCUGCUGUCAUAUUCAAGAAGUGCGAGCCUAUCUUUCGUGACCUUUUUAAGGAUCCUCAAGAAGAACAACCACCGCGACAGCAUAGGGGUCGGAAACAGAGACGACAACCUUGUACAGUUUCUGAAGUAUUUAACUUCUGCUGGGUGCUGUUUGUUCAGACCAAAGGAAAUUUCCCCAUGAUCAGUGAUGACCUUGUCAACUCAUAUCAUCUUCUGCUUUGUGCACUUGAUCUGGUAUAUGGGAGUGCACUACUCUGCUCUCAUCGUAAAGAUUUACUGAAUCCUAAUUUCAAAGGUUUACCAGAAGAUUUCCACAAUAAAGAUUACAGACCACCUUCAGACCCUCCGUGCAUUAUUGACAAGUUAUGUGCUGUGCAUGACGGAUUGGAAUUGGAGGCAAAGGGAAUUAAACAACAUUACUGGAAGCCAUACAUUAGGAAACUUUUUGAGAGAAAGACCCUGAAGGGAAGAGGAGAAACUCUAACUGGCUUUCUGGACCCUGGGAACUUUGCAGAAAGUGUUAAAGCUAUUAACAAGGCCUAUGACGAAUAUGUGCUAACGGUGGGAAACAUAGAUGAAAGGAUUUUCCUGGCAGAUGAUGCAGAUGAAGAGAUAGGAACCCCAAACAGGUUUUUGAGCAAAAUGUCAAAUGCAGAAACAGCUGAAAGGAUGCAAGUGGAGCACAAUCUUCAACAACAUUUUGACAAUUCCAGGGCACUCUCAGUUUCAACACCACUUACAGGUCGCAAAUAUAUGAAGGAGAGCAACCUUUGUGUGACUCCAAUAUCCUCUGCAACACAGUGUGUUAGUCGUCUUCAUGCCAUACUAACAGGACUAAAAAAUACUCCAAGUGAGAAAUUAUUACAGAUUUUCAGGUCAUGCUCCAGAGAUCCCACACAGUCUGUCCUUAACAGAGUCAAAGAGAUGGGUGAAAUAUUUUGUCACCAUUAUACACAGUCCACCAAGGAUCACUCUGGCUUCUCAAUAGACAAUACUACUAAGCGCCUUCGACUUGCAGAGGUCCUUUACUACAAAGUCCUGGAAACAGUCAUUGAGCAAGAGAAGAGGAGAUUAGGAGAGAUAGAUCUGACUGGGAUAUUGGAACAAGAUAUAUUUCAUCGAUCUCUUCUGGCUUGCUGCCUUGAGAUAGUUAUCUUUUCCUAUAAACCUCCAGGAGACUAUUCAUGGAUCAUUGAGAUAUAUGACCUUCCACCCUAUCAUUUUUAUAAGGUGAUAGAGGUACUUAUAAGGGCAGAGGAUGGUCUCUUCAGAGAGGUAGUAAAACAUCUAAAUCAUAUUGAGGAAACAAUUCUGGAAAAUAUGGCGUGGAGACAAGAAUCACCCCUUUGGGAUGGAAUUAAAGAUGCAGAAAACAAGGUUCCAACAUGUGAGGAGGUAAUGCCACCACAUUACUUUGAAAAUCUGGAGAACACUGGAAACAGUGAGAUGUCCUCUCCCAUUACUCAUACACGACUAAAGGAGGUUCGCACUGAGAGUGGCAGGAAAGAUGCCAUUGCAUCACCUACCACACUGCAUGAUCGAUACAGCUCUCCGACAGCAAGUAAUGCAAGAAGGAGGCUGUUUGUGGAUAGCGACAACAAUCCAGACUCUUCAAGCAACUCCCUCAGAAUUUCCCAGCAACAAACAGUUAACACUGUACCAGUCCAGAAUGUGACCACUGAGACUGUUUCUAUUGCACAUGUCCCUGGACAGACCUUAGUCACCAUGGCAACUGCGACAGUUACAGCUACCAAUGGGCAAACUGUUACUAUACCAGUUCAAGGUAUUGCAAAUGAAAAUGGAGGAAUUACUUUCAUCCCAGUCCAGCUCAGUGUCACUGGACAGGCCCAGUCUGUGGCAAAUACCAUUCAACCCCUUACUGCCCAGACCCUUGCCAGUAGUCACCAGUUAGCUGGCACUGCGGUGCAGAUUGCUGGACAGGUGCCAAUUCAACAAUCCCCAGGACAAAGACAAAGCCAACACCAAGUGGCCACGAGCAGCAGACCCAAAAAGACAGGCUCAGUAGCUCUGUUCUUUAGAAAGGUUUAUCAUUUGGCAAGUGUUCGUCUGCGGGAUCUCUGUGCAAAACUGGACAUUACUGAUGACUUAAGGAGGAAAAUCUGGACAUGUUUUGAACAUUCUUUGGUCAACUGCACUGAUCUUAUGGUUGAUAGACACUUGGAUCAGUUGCUGAUGUGUGCUGUUUACAUAAUGUCCAAGGUAACAAAAGAAGAUAGAUCCUUCCAGAACAUCAUGCGUAGUUACAGAACCCAGCCGCAGGCCAGUAGCAAUAUUUACAGAAGUGUGCUGUUAAAAGCUCGGAGAAGACGAACAUCAGGCAGCAGUGACAGUAGUGGUCGCCAGGGUUCGCCAACUGAGACAAAUAGAGAUAGGACCAGCAGAGACUCCAGUCCAAACAUGAGGUCUAAUAGUACACUUCCAGUACCCCAACCUAGCAGCGCACCACCUACUCCAACCCGACUAGCUGGAGCCAAUAGUGAUAUAGAAGAGGAAGAGAGAGGUGAUCUCAUUCAAUUCUACAACAAUAUCUACAUCAGAAGAGUGAAAGCAUUUGCACUGAAAUACUCCUCAUCAAACACAGAGAAUGGGAGUGAAGCUCCGUCUUUAUCACCCUUCCCAUCUGUAAGGACAGGAUCACCACGCAGGGUCUUACUCUCUCAGCAUCACUCCAUUUAUAUUUCACCCCACAAAAACGGGGGCUCCCUCUCGCCACGAGAAAAAAUGUUUUACUGUUUUAGCAAAAGUCCGUCAAAGGAGAAUCUUAGAACCUGGAAGGCAAACCAGAGAGGAUUACAGCUAAGCUCUAAAAAGCUUAUGAAAGCUAUACAGACAGUGAACACAAGCUGUAGGAAAUCAAAAAUUGCAAGUGACCAAGGAAGGAUCAGAUGCUUUGAACACAGCAUCCAAUCUCUGGCUUUGACAAGCAACUUGCUUUUUCACAAAUCCAGUAGUUGAAGAGCUUUUUAGGUUAAGAGAAAGGUUUGUGAAGCAUUGAAAAAUGUUUUUAAAUUGCUUUUUAUUUUUUAAAAGCUGAAAGAAAAAAAAGCAGGCUUAGAACAGCAUGCAUUUCUUCAUACCAAAAUUUUAAUUAUAGCAUUAACAUUCAUGUGGAUAAAUCUUAAUAUUUUAACUGGGUAUUUGAAAACCAUACAAAGUUAAAAAAUAAGGACAAGUUAUUUUCAAAGCAGAGUUUCAAUGUUGUACAUUUAACACACAAACCCAUUUUCUGUGUAACAUCUGCAGAAACCAAUAGAAGUUGGGGGGGUGGCGGGGGGGGGGGAAGAUGUGGGCACUGUGGGUAGUGAAAGAGAAACUCCUAGAGUUAAAUUUUCAUUUGCCAUGUACAAAGCUUUCCAAAAUACAAAGGUUAUGCAUUAUGUAUGCAGAUAGCUUGCGCACAAAUGUAUUUCUAUCUUAUGAUUAACAUUAUGGGAUAUCCCAAAUUGGCAGGUGUGUUCUUCAGUUAGUUUGGAGGGUUAGGAUCUGUAUGAGUAGCAUGCUAAUGAUGCUCCAAGCUGUGAAAAGAUCCAAACUGCAAAUAUAAGACAGUGAGUGAACAUAAUUAAGCAGUAGACUGAUUAUUUCUCUAAAGAAAGAUACUCAAUUACAUAAAAGCUAAAUACUGUAGAUGCUGGAUAUCUGAUAUAAAAACAGAAAAUGCUGGGGAAAAAAAAUCAGCAGGUCUAGCAGCAUCUGUGGAGCGAGAAAGAGUUAACAUUGAGUCUGUAUGACUCGAGUUAUGCUCAGGAGUUACAUGCUGGUUAUAUUAAUCAUUCUAAAUGGACGUCACAUUCCCCAUGAAGCAGUGCAUUUUAUCUAUCAAACAUCUAGGUAAAUAGACUGAGACCCCAAUAGAGCAAAAAACAUUACUCUAGCUUAAUAGAAUAUGACAUGAUAUUUUCAUCUUCAGAUGGGUUGAAUAGACACCAAGAAGUGAACUUAAUUAUCUUUAAAUACAUGAAUGAAAAUUAGUGCAAACAGUAUGUUUAUAGGAUUACAAACUAUUGGUUCUAUUCUUCAGCCCCAACCAAACCUUUGCUUAAAACUAUACCACAGGACAUUAAAGGAUGCCUAGAAUUGAACAGUGUUACAUGAUUCAAGGAGACUUUGCAUUAGACCUGGAUGAUGACAUGCACAUGCAAUUUGAAGAAUCAAAUCAAGGACAUCCGGAAUCACAAACAACUCUGUCUUGCUGAGUCAACAUUAGCCAGAUGAUCAGAUAAGCUGUUGCAAAGACAAAAAGGCUAGCAAUAACCUUGUGUGUAUUGUGGCCAAUAAGAAUCAAAUGGAUAAAAUUGGAAUCAAGGGGAUAAAGACAACUGCCAUAUCACACACUACCCCUUUAGAAAAAGAGUCCUUUGCAUAUGGUGCCUUCCUUGUGAGAACCAUCAUUUGGUGAUUAGCCCACCACCACAAUGCCCCGGAGCUCAGAAUUCCAAGGCUCUGUCAUGGAGCUUUUCACGUAAUGUGCUACUCAGUCUAGCACUUUUGACACUUUGCUAUUGCUGCAGUCCCGUGUAAUGGAUGUUAGCAUGAUCUGGCUGCUGUGAAAUUGCCCACAUUAGCACACUGGCCAGGGCCUCACAAACGCCAGCUCCGUCCCAGUGGCCAGUGCUCCUAAGACUUUGCCAUGGAUGUUGUGUCAGCUUGCCCAGUACCAAGCUGAAGCAGCCACACCCAAUGAAAUGUUUGCUUCGCCCCCUAAUUUGGGUGAGGAACACCUAGCACCAUCAUCACUCCCAUGAACAGACAAAACACACAAGACUAAAACCAUUUACAGACCAUAUCAAACAGGAGUGGCUGAGAACACACUGGAUUGAAUAUACCUCUAACCUGGACUGCUGUGAUACCACCCCCCCCCCCCCGCCCCCAACAAUCGUUUGAGUGGGAAUCCACCAAGUAUAUGUCCUUCAGUCCCAUUCUUGUAUUAUCCAGCUUCACAUUCAUAGGUAAUUGGGCACAAUAAAUAAGUAUUUUCCCCCCAAGUACAGUAACCACAUAGCCAGCAAAUCUCAUAUCUUACUGCCACAAACUGGCCUCCCAAUUGCAGUGCAUUCUCUUUCAAGCAGUAGUGGUUACCUUUGUGGCUCACAUGGUCACAUUCAGAACAAUUAACCUUUAUUAACCAUUUGUACACUCACUUGCAACGAUAGCGAAAAGGUAUGUGGCCAGGCUGAAAAGUGGGCGUUUUUGCUCAUCCGUUGUGUCCCAUGAUGUCACUUUGAGAUUUUCCCUAGUUGGUGAAAUGCAAAUGGAAAUAUUCAGUAACCAAAAUAGUGUUUGAAAGGCAAGCAUGGUCAGCAUUAAGGAGGACAUUGAGUGUUGUAUGCAGAGCACAGACCACAAUGGGACCAGCUCUGUGACUGAGAAUUUCUAGAAAAUAGUGUAACAAUUUGAAUGCCAACUAUUCAAAUUCCACAUAUGCUUUUCCACCAAGUAUUCCAGAAAUUUCAAAGGCAGAACAAGUACAAUUACAGUAUGAGCAGUAAGCCCAUCCAGUAAAAGUAGAUUCAUAUAGAAUAUACCAACUUCAAUCUAUAUUAAAAAAAUGCUCAUGCAUUUUGAAGUGAUAUGAGAAUAGGUGCGCAAUUAGAAAAUCAACCCAGUUCAGAUGGUUUUGGUUUAAAAGUAUUCACAAUGUGCAAUCAAACCAAUGUUGCUCACUGCAGUCAGUGGAUUACAAAUCAAAAUGUUUGGAAGCAAGAAUGUUCAGUUGGAUUCAGUUAGAUGAAAAGUGGACAAAAGCUAUAGAUUACAUUGAUCGGCAGAUAAAAGUAGAAUUUAGGUGGCGACAUCAUUAAGCUUCAGCAGCCAGUAAUCCAGCUGAUCUGCCUUAAUCGCACCAGGUAGGAACAACUGCGUCAGUACGAGUCAUCAGGGAAACAAAUGGAAUGAUAUUUAAAGUUUGGAAUGUAUCCUGAUUUGCUCAUCAUCAGAUAUUGCAGUCCAUCACUUGGACGCAUUCAAUAGACCAAGACAGAUAGGUGUAGCAAUAAUUCCCAUGGGGUUCUUCUGAUCCCCUGCCAUAACUUCAGAGAAACAAAAAAACAGAUUUUCUAGUUGUCAUUGCAGUUACGAUGGGAAAUUAAGGAAACCUGAUGGAAAUUGUACCCAAGAUCUUUUCAACAUUAGAGUUGAGGCAGAUUACUAUUUGGACUUUAAAAAAAAAUUCUUAUCAAACAAUGAGAUUAAACAAGCCUCUAAUUUUCUGCCCCAAGUUUAGUUUUGCCAACUGCAGCAAAGCAAUUGGUUUCCAGAUCUUUGCCUAUGAUGCUUCAAGCUAGCUGCUAGGAAAUUAACUAGAAAACUAAUUUCUAGUUUCCAUAAAACGCUGACAACUUCAUCUGAAAUGCUUUGACAGUAUCGAGCUCAACCAUAUGCUAAUUUUAUUUAGUUGGAAGUUAGGAUAGCAAUCUGUACUUUAUUCAUCAAUUCCUCUUGUGGCAUGAUAGAGCUGAGCUAGGAAGUCACCCACGUGUGCAACCAUGAACAUGAUCCAUUAAAUAGUUAACAUGGGAUUGAUAGUAACCAGACUUUGUUAAGCAAGUCUUAUCUGGGUCUCCAUGUACACAAUACAGGUUCACCACUCUGCAUGAAGCAAUUAUAUGCAUACACAUAUUGCAGGCUCGCUCAAUCAUGAUGAAAGUUUUGCUUUGUUCAAAGUUGUGUUUUUCUUUUUCCAACAUUAUCUGUAAACUUGGAGUUUUAAAUUAAUGCAAAAGAUUGACAUUAAAGGUUUGGGAUUGAUGUGGUUACAUAUUCAGUGCUAACGCUAGAACCCAUUUUCUCUCAACAUAGAAUUCUGCAUUGCAUUUUUACAAGAUUACAAGGAGGGUUAAAAAUAAGAUGUAUCACCUCUUCAGUUAAUUAUACCACAAUUGGUGAUAAAUGAAAUGAAUUGAACCCAAAAAUGAUAUGGGAAUUACUGCAAUGUGACUGGUUACUCAUUUAGACAGGUACCCAUCACCAGUGUGACUAAAGACAAAACUUGCUUUAAAAGAAUUGUUAAUCUGCAAAAGUAUUUAAUUUAUGCCAAUUAUAACUGGUUUCUUU